AUGGCCCCACCGACAAGGAGAAGCAUGAAAACCAAGGCCAGCACCUUGCUCGAUGAAAGGACUGAGCCGGAACCAGUGAAGAAGAGGCAGCGACGUACUCCAGAAGAGAUCGCAGCCGAGAAGUUGAAGGAGGAGAAGAGGGAGCAGCAGCAGCGAGAGAGAGAGAGAAAAAAGGUUGAGAAGGCGGAGCAGGAUGCGGAGGCCAAGAGGGUUAGAGAGGAGGUCAAGCGAGCCCGAGAGGAGCAGCUUGCCUUGGACAAGGAAGCAAAAAAGAAUGCCCGAAGCGCAAAGGAAGAAGCCCGGAAGGCUAAGGAGCAGGCCAUCAUAGAGGAGGAAGAGAUGCGAGAGGCUCGAUGUACGACGAUGGAGCUGAACGUUGCCGCCUUGGAGGAAAACCAAGCCCAUGAGCAGGAUGUCCGCAGGGCAAGUCGUGUGGGCCAUCUGACUGAGUACACGGUGCGCCCACUCAAGCGUUCCUAUGCCGUGGCAGACUUGCAUGAUCUCGCAGAAGAUGAAAACACACGUACCAACCUGGCGCCUCUCAAGCCUCAAGGCAAAGAUGUCCUCGAUCCUUCUUCUGAUGUUGAAAUGAAGGACCUGGAUCGUAUGAGUGAGCGGUUGGUGUCUGAUCAAGGGGACACCGACAUUUCCGAGAUAUCUGAAGGGGAUCGCCCACUUCAAAUGCGGAAGAAAGCUAAAAGGGGUGCUUCAAGGCCACAAUCAUUCCGGGCCUCAGUGGAAGAGAAGUGCAAGAAGCUUGCUGACUCGGGCUUGCAUCAGGACGGCUUCUUCUCUUCCGGCAGUAAUUCAAGUAACAAUAACAAGGGUAAAGAGCGAAUGCUUUCCCUCGCUACUAUGCAGAGGGGAUUCAGAGACAAGAUUCCCAGCCAGCAUGAGUCCAUUUCUGAACGUCAGGGCCCACAACCCUCGGAUGGGUACUCCAUUGGAGAAAAGUAUGAUUGGGCAAUGUUCACGUCAAGCUCUGUGCUCGGGGGUCAAGCAGUUAAUUCCCCUCUGGUAGCUACUAUCCGACGACCUGCUCUGGCAGAGGCACCCAGAAAUGGCGUACUGAGAGCACCAGCAUUGUUCGCAGCAUAUCAUAGCUCUACUGAUACUUUUGGGAAUCCAGUCGCCGGCACCAGUGGACUCCAGGAGCCUGAUUCUGACCUUGACUUAGAAGAUAUGGACCGUCUCAUGGACGAUGAGAUGGGUGAGCAAGAGGCUGCCAGGUCAUCUCCGGAGAAGACGCCUGUUGCACGGAAUUCUGUGGCUAUUGUCAAACCACCCAUCAGGUCAUCCAAGCUGCACUCCGAUAGUUCCUCGACCAUGAAUGCGGAGUUAAAUGAUAGCCUGCUGAUAACACCAAUGCCACCAAAACCGCGAAGACGUACUACAGCACUGAUGGCCUCAAGUGUUGUUGACAAUGACGAAAAUCGUGCCGCUCCCCAAGACAAGCCUGGGAAGGCUAAGACCAAGUCCGGAGGGGUGCCUGCGGUACAAGUGAAGAAGGACCCGCAGGAUCCUAGCAUAAAAAUUCCCCGGAGCAUCUGCAAUGGCAAGGUAAUUGUGAUUGAUGGUGAUUCAGAUGAGGAAGUCAUCGCCGGGGCGUCCGACACUGAACCAGACUCUGGUUCUGCCCUCCCGGUUCAGUCGACGAAGGGUAAGGUAAAGAAUGGCCAUUUGCCAAAUGGGAUCGGCACAGAUUCCUUGUGGAUCUCAGCAUUCAUCGGCACCGUCCUGAGAUGGAUGGGUACUCGGGAGAGGCCCUGGAUUAUGGAUGACAGCCAGUUGGUGCCCGUAUAUCAGGCUGUGUACAAUCACGUCUUUCGGAAGAAAUAUGGCCCAAUGACCAUACAGGCCAAAGACACUAUCUAUACUCGGACCAGGCAGAAGAUAUACGAGUGGCGCAGCGGCUUUGGUACUGCUGCAAUAUCAGUUCUGGAUGCCUAUUUUCGGGAGCACGCUAAGGACUUUGCCACGUAUGCUGACCGUGUCAGGUUUGCGGACCACCAGUUGGAUAAUUACCGGUUUGUUUAUGCGGAUACGAGGAGUGCUGUCUACAAGGAGUGGACUGGGUGUUGGCGCAGCCCAUUCAUGAUAAACACCCUUUCAUACCACUAUACCCAUUUUAGAUCAGGUAUGGAUGUCCUCAUCCCUCAACUUCGUGAUGAAGACGGUGAGGAGCUGCUGCCGAUUGGGGCCAUUGCACUUGUUGCAUGUGCCUUGGAACGUGCCUUCAUGCUGUGGCGGGACCGACAAGUGGCCAUAUCGAAGGUAGACAAGAAGACCAUCCUCUUGCCAGCAAAGUCCGACUCCGAUUCUGGUAAGAGCGAGGAGCCCAAGUUUACUGGCAAAGAAUGGAGCAAGACAACGCGUGGCUGGAUGAAGGGUGUGAUGAAGGCCGCAAAGGGUUCAAGGAGCCAUGCUCGAAACCGCGAGAAUCUACUGCAUCUUAUCCGGUCCGCAAUGUCAGCUGCUCAGCCCAUAUCCCGCCAUCAGCCCGCUCUGGAGGCAUACGACUCAGACAACGACCCGAGGGCUAUGAUAGGGGACUCAGAUGCAUAG